AUGGCUUCUGAGCACAGGUCUGUCAAAGGUCGUAGCAGCACCCGAAGCGGCAGCCACAGGUCCAAUGUUUCCAUGGCCCAGAUGCGGGCAGCAGCCAAUUGUGCCGUUUAUGAAGUAGAGGCGUCACUACUGGCUGAGAGACAAGCUCUUGCCAAGAAGGAGCUCGAGAUGGUACAACAGCGGGAAGAGCUUGAGCUGAAGGCAAAAUUGGCGCAUGCUCGGGCCAAGGAAAGGGCAUGUUCCAUGGUUCACUCAAGUAGAACGUCACCUACUAAUGAGAAGGUGGGCGUUUCCGGGAAUGAGUCACAGGACAAGCCAAAGCGUGACCCCGGACAAGUAGGCCUAAUUCCCGACCCUAGAUUGAAUCCCAGGCAACCUGCGUUUCAUCCCGGCCAAGUUCAUGGCAACAUCUCCAAUUACCAGUCGACCCCGACCCCGAUGGCUCCAGAAAGUGUCACCACCAAUUUCCUUAGACCUACUCCAUUUCAAGGAAACAAUGAAGUAAGUACAUGUAUCCAGGCAACGGAGGUACCAGUAAGUCACGUGAGUGCACUUCCGGAUGCACUUAUGGAGGUUUUGCAUCAAGGGCAGCAGCAGCAAAGGUUGUUAUUGAAUACACUGCAGUUGCCUAAGGUUGACCUGAUGACCUUCGAUGGGGAUCCUCUCAGGUAUUGGUUGUUUAUAAGAGCGUUUGAGAACUCUGUUGACCGUGACCUCAUUGAUGAUAGUGUCAAGCUAAGUAGGCUUCUCCGUUACUGUACUGGAAAGGCAAGGCAGGUAAUUGAGUGUUGUGCAGUUAAGGACCCUACAGAGGGUUACAAGCUUGCCAGGAAACUUUUAAAGGACCGGUUUGGCAGUGAUUUUGUGGUGAGUCAGGCCUGGGUUAACCGGAUUGUCAACAGAAGGCAAGCCAAGGGUCCAGAAGCGAUAAGAGAUCUAGCUGAUGACCUGAAAAACUGUGUUGAAACUUUGACUGCAAUGAAACAGCUGGAUCGCUUAAACGAUUCGUACUUGGUGCAGAUCGUUGAGAGGUUGCCACAGUAUCUUCAGAAUAGAUGGAAAAGAGUGGUCCAGAAGAUACGGAAAACCAAGGAUGAUAGGCCUAGUCAAGGAAACCCAGGCAUUAAGGACCUUCUGCAGCUUAUUUCUGAAGCCGCAGAGGAAGAAAAUGAUCCUGUGUUUGGUAAGUGUGGUGCUAAGGAAUCCAAGACAGAAUCCAACCACAAGUCGAACAACAAGCAAAGACCUGGUCAUGGGUCAACGUUCAGUAUCCAGACGGAUACAGGUUACCAAGGUUCAAGUGGUGAUAAGCCCAGGGUACCCAAAUGCCUGGUAUGCAAAGAGGCGCAUCAUGUGACGGCCUGUGAAAUAUUCAAGAAGAUGACGCAAAAUGAGAGAUGGGUAACUGUGAGAGACAACAAGGUCUGCAAGAAUUGUUUGAAAGGACCGCAUUUUGCAUCAAAUUGUCGUAAUCCUCCUGCAUGUAAAGUUUCUGGCUGUGGGAAGAAACACAACACGCUCCUUCAUUUGGAUGGCGCUCCUGCACCCAAGUCUCGUGCAGACGGGCACGAUGUUCAGGAGAAGAAGGCCGAUGUCAAGCCGCAACCUGCAAGGUCCAAUGCCACAGUUUUGUCCACUGGGGCCGGUAUCAACCGUAUUGCCUCGCCAAUCAUUCCGGUAAAGGUCAAGGGUAUCGGAGGGAAUGAAGAAGUCAUAACCUAUGCGAUGUUGGACAACUGUUCUACGGCAACACUAUGCACGGAAAGUCUGGCGACCAAACUUGGACUAAAGGGAAAAACGGCAAUUACAGAAUUGACAACAAUAGAGAGGAAAGACAGUCGAUUUGAGACCACGAUUUAUGGAUUGGAAGUGGCUGACCUCGAUGGUAAGGAGGUUAUUACUCUUCCUCAUGUUUUCUCCAAGUCUAAUCUCAACGUUAGGCCUAAUGACAUAAAACCGUCCGACUUAAAUGACUGGCCUCAUUUACAAGGACUUGAUAUUCUGACGGUAGACACUGACAAGGUAGACCUACUUAUAGGACAGGACGUGCCGGAGGCUUUGGUCCCGCUGGAGGUCAAGAGUCACGAUGACGAUCCCCGAAGAGUACCGUACGCUGUAAGGACAGCCCUGGGAUGGACCCUAAAUGGACCAUUUGGAGAGAAUGGAAGGACUGAUGAGCGGCACAGCUGUCACUUUAUCAACAAUGACACUAGUCUACAGCAGCAGGUCGAGCGAUUUUGGAAGCUCGACAAUCUAGGUGAUGGAACUGGUCUAUCCAUGGAUGAUAGAAAGGUGGUUGACCUUUGGGAUAGGACAGCCGUGUUACAGGAUGGACAUUAUACUUUGCCCAUACCAUUCAAACAAAGGCCUCCAAAUUUACCGGACAAUUACAGUAUGGCGAAGAAAAGGUUGGAAAGCCUAGGAAGAAGGUUUCAGAAAGAUGCUACCCUACAUGAGAGGUACAACACUGAGUUCAAGACCCUGCUGGAAGAAGGUUAUGCAGAAUUGGUGCCUGAUGAAGAAAUAAGCAGAAAGGACGGAAUGGUCUGGUACCUCCCUCACCAUCCCGUACUGAACCCAAAGAAGCCAGAGAAAACCAGAAUUGUGUUUGACUGUGCUGCGAAACACAGAGGAACCUCACUGAAUGAAAAUGUGCUCCAAGGUCCUGACUUGACCAAUAAGUUGAUUGGAGUACUGUUGCGGUUCCGCCAGGAGAAGGUAGGGUUCACGUCAGAUGUGCGGGCAAUGUUUAAUCAGGUCAGGGUUGAAAAGGAUCAUAGGGAUGUGCUCCGCUUCCUGUAUUUCGACGAGGGUGAUAUAACGAAGGCUCCAAGGAUUUAUAGAAUGCGAACACAUAUCUUUGGUGGGGUUUGGAGCCCCAGUGCUGCAAACUAUGCAUUGAAGAAGACUGCAGCUGACAAUGCUUCAGACUUCCCUCCUGAGACAGCUGAAACCGUAAAUAGGUCAAUGUAUGUAGAUGAUGUCCUUGGAAGUAAUGUAAAUGACCCUGAGGCUAUUGUACUGGCAACCAGUCUUCGAGAAAUGCUCAAGAGAGGAGGAAUGGAUGUCAUCAAAUGGGCCAGUAACAGCCGGGUUCUCUUGAAAGCCAUUCCAAAUUCUGACUUGGCCAUGGGGAUGAAGGACCUAGAUUUAGACAGCGAUGGUCUGCCCACUGAACGAGCUUUGGGAAUGGUUUGGGAUGUAGAACAGGAUACCUUCAGACCGUGUAUUACCACACAAGAUCGCCCCAUGACAAGACGAGGAGUGCUUAGCAUCCUGAGUUCUGUUUAUGACCCUCUAGGAUUGGUUAGUCCAUUCGUGUUGAAAGCGAGGACUAUAUUCCAGGAUCUGUGCAGGGAAAAGUUAGGGUGGGAUGAUGGAAUGUCCCAACAUCAACAGCAGCAGUGGAACAGGUGGCUUGAAGAUUUACCAAAGCUUGAAAAUUUCUCUGUGCCACGAUGUCUGCGUUCAGAAGAUCUGGACACUGUAGUACAUAACCAGCUGCACCAUUUUUCAGAUGCAUCUGAAGGAGGGUUUGGCGCGACAAGCUACCUCAGACAAGAGGACAUAUAUGGACGUGUCCAUUGCGCACAAGUAAUGACCAAGGCAAGGUUAACCCCAUUAAAGACCACCACCAUCCCAAGGCUGGAACUUACGGCUGCUGUCGAAGCAGUGAAACUAGACAAACUUCUGCGUAGCGAGCUCGAGAUCCCUCUCUGCGAGUCCGUCUUUUGGACAGACAGCAUGAUUGUACUUUAUUACAUAAGGAAUGAGACAAAGAGAUACCAGACCUUCGUGGCAAACAGGGUGGCUAAAAUCCACGAGAGCACAGUGCCUACUCAGUGGAGGCAUGUACCCACAGAUCAGAAUCCGGCAGAUGAUGUAUCACGGGGUAUGACAGCCGAUGAAUUGAUUGGAAGCGGAAAUGAUCGGUGGAGAAACGGACCAGAAUUCUUGAAACAGCAGGAGACGCAAUGGCCUAAAGAGCCCAUUGUUAUUGAGACUGAAGGAAUGAUUGAGGUCAAACCGGAGGUGAAGGUUUAUGCAACGAACCCGACUCAGGAUGGAGGACAACAGGCAAUCAGCACGAUGAUAAAUCACUAUUCCUGUUGGUAUAGGCUCAAGAAAGGGAUUGCAUGGAUGCUGCGACUGAAGAAGGUGCUACACCAGAAGGUCAGGAAUAAGGACAUUCCCGGACAAGUUGCCAUGACCCCUCCAAGACGUGGCCUCACUGUAGAUGAACUUUUGGAAGCUGAGCAGGAGGUGCUGAAAUUCGUGCAGAAGAAGGCAUUUGGUGACAUUCAGGCAAACUUCAAGACCUGCAAGCUAAAGAAGCUGAACCCAGUGCUGGACAGCGAUGGGAUCCUGCGUGUGGGUGGUCGAUUGGAAAACUCCAACCUUCCUGAUGAAACCAAGCACCAGAUCAUAUUGCCGAAGAAACACCAUGUGGUGGACUUGAUAGUUCGUUACUAUCAUAAUUUGACGGGCCACUCGGGAUCGGAAAGGGUACUGACGGAAGUCCGUCAGAAAUUUUGGAUAAUCAAGGGAAGGCUGGCCGUAAGAAGGAACAACACAAAAUGUCUGCACUGUCGCAAAAGAAAUGUGAAACCAAUGAUUCAACAAAUGGCAGACUUGCCAAGUGACCGUGUUGCUUCCCCUAGAGCCGCCUUUUGUCAUGUUGGGUUGGACUACUUCGGCCCAUUUCAAGUUAAACGAGGCCGCAGCAUGGUGAAGCGGUAUGGCUGCAUAUUUACCUGCCUCACGACCCGGGCCAUACACAUUGAGGUGGCAGAGAAUCUUACAACUGAUUCGUUCAUCAAUGCCCUGCAGAGAUUCGUUAGUAGGCGAGGGAUGCCGAUCAGGAUCCGAUCCGAUAAUGGCACAAACUUUGUGGGUGCUCAGAAAGAGUUAAAGAAAGCAAUACGGGAAUGGAAUCUCAGCCGUAUUGAGGAGUACAUGCGCCAACGAGAAAUCACAUGGGUUUUCAAUCCCCCUGCAGCAUCCCAUAUGGGGGGUGUAUGGGAGAGGCAAAUCAGGUCUGUAAGGAAAGUGCUAGAUGGCAUAAUAAAGCAGCAGAACCUGACAGACGAUACUCUUCACACAAUGAUGUGUCUAGUCGAAGCCAUAAUAAAUGGAAGACCCCUGACGAAGCUGUCAGAUGACCCAGAUGACUUACAACCCAUCACACCAAACCAUUUGCUGCUCCUGCGCCCCGGAACCUGUCAACCUCCUGGACUGUUUGAUGAGGCCGAUCUGUACAGAAGGAAAUGGAAGCAAGUACAGUAUCUUGCUGAUUUGUUUUGGCGUAGGUGGACCAAGGAGUAUCUGACUGCACUGCAAGAGCGCCAGAAGUGGUGUCACGCAAGUCAAAACCUGAAGCCAGAUGACCUGGUUCUGAUUGUAGAUGACAAUGCUCACAGGAAUUCCUGGUUGUUGGGACGAGUAAUUGAGACGUAUCCUGGUAAGGACAACCUGGUAAGGUCAGCCAAGAUCAAAACACAUCACAAUGAGCUGACACGACCUGUCACGAAGCUAUGUUUACUUGAGUCGUCUGUUGAUAUCUAA